AUGCCUCGUCUUCGUCAUUAUCUAGCAGCCCAAGCUUUCUUUGUCUUUCUUCUCUUUUCCUCCAUUGCUUCCGCAGCAAUCGUCGAACAUGUUUUCCACGUCAAAAACGUCUUGGUGAAGCCUUUGUGCAAGGAUCAAAUGAUACCAGCCGUUAACGGAAGUCUUCCCGGUCCAACGAUAAACGUUAGAGAAGGCGACACUCUUGUGGUUAAUGUCAUCAACAACUCAACUUACAAUAUAACCAUCCACUGGCAUGGAGUGUUUCAACGGAAGAGCUCAUGGAUGGAUGGCGCGGAUAUGAUAACUCAGUGUGCGAUUCAACCAAGCAACAACUUCACGUAUCGAUUCGAAAUCACGGGACAAGAAGGUACAUUGUUAUGGCACGCACACACCACUAAUCUACGUGCCACUCUUCACGGCGCGCUAAUCAUCCGUCCUCGAUCUGGUGGUCCUUACCCUUUUCUUAAACCAUACAAAGAAGUUCUUCUCAUAUUUGAACAAUGGUGGGACAUGGACGUUGGACUUAUCGCAACACGGCCAGCUCCGGUUUCGGAUGCUUACCUCAUCAAUGGCCUCGCUGGAGAUUCAUAUCCUUGCUCCAAGAACAGGAUGUUUAAUCUCAAGGUAAUACAAGGAAAAACAUAUUUGCUAAGGAUUAUAAACGCAGCGCUCAACAAGCACCUCUUCUUCAAAAUAGCUAACCACAACGUGACGGUCGUGGCUGUAGAUGCUGUCUACACGACGCCUUACGUGAGCGAUGUGAUGAUGUUGACGCCGGGACAAACCAUCGACGCACUUCUCACGGCCGACCAGCCAAUCGGAUCUUACUUCAUGUCCAUCAGCCCUUACAACAGUGCCAACCAGGGAUCGUCGGUUCCCCCUAACACCACCACCAGAGGCUUGGUCAUCUACGCGGGCGCCACGUCAGCAUCCCCGGUGGUUACACCGUCGAUGCCUGGGAUGGACGACGAAUCCACCGCUCAUAGGUUCUCCUCGAACAUCACCGGCCUCGUGGGUGGACCCCACUGGACCCCGGUACCUCGACACGUGGACGAAAAGAUGUUCAUGACCAUCGGGCUUGGUUUAGAGCUGUGUCUUCAUCCGGACAACACAAAGCACUGCCUUGUCGGAGGAGAGCAGCAGCUCAGUGGCUCUCUCAACAACUAUUCUUUUGUGCUUCCAAAAACGAUUUCGUUGCAAGAGGCUCAUUUCUACAACGUCACUGGAGUCUACACUAGUGAUUUUCCCAACGAACCGCCGCUCAAAUUCGAUUAUGCGAAUUUCAGAGCCCAUAACGAUUCUGAAGGCAAGAUGAUGUAUCCAGAGAGAAAGACUAGCGUCAAGACACUUAGAUUUAAUUCUACAGUCGAGAUCGUUUUGCAGAACACAAAAAUAGUAACCUCCGAGAGCCACCCCAUGCACCUUCACGGCUUUAAUUUCUACGUCUUGGGUUAUGGAUUCGGUAACUAUGAUCCAAUCCGAGAUGAAAGAAAGCUAAAUCUAGUUAACCCACAAAUGCACAACACUGUUGGUGUACCUUCUGGUGGAUGGGUUGUCCUCAGAUUUAUUGCUGAUAAUCCUGGUACAUGGAUGUUCCAUUGUCACAUGGACGUACAUUUACCGUUCGGAAUGAUAAUGGCUUUCAUAGUUCAGAAUGGGCCAACUCCGGAAACGAGCUUACCUCCUCCGCCGUCGAAUCUUCCACAAUGCACUCGGGACCCCACCCUCUCUGAAUCUCCCAAGACUAGCGUUGAUCUGUCUUACUAG